AACUACUCAGAGUCUCAGCUGGCUCUAGACCCUCGCGCUUCUUUUAAGCCCUCGAUCCAGGUUAAACCAAGUUCACCGCGUUUCUCCGCCGGCUCUCUGUCGUGGUUGCCGUGGUUACCCUAACAAGUUCGCCGCCUUUCUCCACCGGCUCUCUUUCGUGGUUGCGGUGGUUACCCUAACAAGUUCGCCGCCUUUCUCCGCCGGCUCUCUGUCGUGGUUGCGGUGGUUACCCAAACAAGUUCGCCGCCUUUCUCCGCCGGCCCUCUUUCGUGGUUGCGGUGGUUGAAAUAUGUCGAAGAAGAAGGUGUCAGCUCUGGAUAUGCCGGACGUCCCUAUGGGGCAGCUCCCGGAGCAUCUUAAUCUUCAGCGGACCCGCCUUCGUUGCAAGGCUGAUGCCCCGAUCCAUACAGAAAGUAUUCAGUACUCUGGAGCUUAUGCAUCGAUGGGAGUUGACAGCAGUGUCGACAUAAAAAAAUUUAACAGCAACUUUAAGGUUGAAAUUGUCAGGCUCACUGAGGACGAGAUUGAAUUUGAUAUGAUCGGCAUUGAUGCUGCAUUGGCAAAUGCAUUCCGAAGGAUCCUCAUCGCUGAGGUUCCUACUAUGGCCAUCAAGAAAAUCCUCAUGGUCAAUAACACAUCUGUAAUACCAGAUGAGGUGCUAGCCCACAGACUUGGCCUUAUUCCUCUGGAUGCCGACCCAAGGGUCUUUGAAUACUUGUCAGAAAAUGAUGAGCCAAAUGAACGGAAUACCAUUGUCUAUAAGCUGGAUGUGUCCUGCAAAAAGGGUAGUCCACGUAUUACAGUCAAGUCAGAUCAAUUGAAGUGGCUACCAAAUGGCAGCGAACUUGAAAUAGCUACUCUUGACAAGUCUUCAAAAGUGAAAAGUUACACCUCAUUCAGUUGUAGUCAAAAUUCUUUGCCAGAAAUAUCCAAAAAACCACUUGGAGUAAAGCACGAUGACAUAAUUCUUGCCCAACUUGGGCCGGGACAGGAAAUUGAGCUUGAGGCACAUGCUGUCAAAGGCAUUGGCAAAGAUCAUGCCAAGUGGUCUCCUGUGGCUGCAACAUGGUACCGAAUGCUCCCAGAGGUUGUACUAUCUGAAGAAGUAAAAGGUCAAGAUGCUGAAAAGCUCGUAAAGAAAUGCCCUGUCAAUGUUUUUGACAUUGAAGAUCUUGGAAAUGGUGACAAGAAGGCAGUCGUUGCCAACUCUCGAGCUUGUACAUUAUGCGGAGAAUGUAUCCGCGAUGUGAGUGAAGGACUUGUGAAGCUGCGACAUGUCGAAGAUCACUUUAUUUUCACCAUUGAAUCUGUUGGAGCUUUAUCACCCGAUGAGUUAUUCAUUGAGGCUGUGAAAAUCUUGGAAGAGAAAUGUCACCGUCAGAUAGUUCAGCUAUCUUAACUUUUCUUUCUUUUUUUUGUAUCUUUUUUUUUAUAUAUAAAUACUCUUCUUUGUUUCUGAUGUAAAAUAUAACAACUUCGUAUCUUUGAGUAAUAUGAUUUUAAACGUUGUGCUUAAUA